CUGUUUUCCGAUUGGUCGCCACGCUUGUCUGUGUAGUUUCGUACGGUGAUUAUUUGCACAUUUACCCAUCUCUCCGUUUUUAUUGGCGAACACUCCUGUCCAUCCUUCACGACCCUAGAAUCGCCUCCUUUCAGCGAGUCCGGUGUAGGGCGGUUGCACCCUCAGGGGCGAGGCAGGCGGUCUUUACGGAGCCUCGCUUUCCGCCAUCUCUCUCAGGCACCUGGGACCAUGCUGCGAGCCUGUCAGCGUGCGGGAAGCACAGCGGCCCAGAAUUGCCUGUGUGGUAAAAGUUCACUCCGUCCAUUACGUGUGUGUCGUGGAUAUGCUACAUCUGCAGAAUCUGGUGUUUCUGCUGGAAAAAUCAUUGGGGGCACUGUCUUGUUCGUUGGUGGAGGAGUAGGUGGAACCAUCUUGUAUGCUAACUAUGAUCCACGCUUCCGAGACAAUGUAGAGAAGACCAUCCCUUAUUCCAAUAAACUCUUUGAAGUGAUACUGGGUGAUCCUCCUUACAGUAUUCCAGCACCAAAGAAACCCUUACAGCCAGGUCCAUUAAAAAUAUCCUCUGUAGCUGAGGUAAUGAAGGAAUCAAAACAGCCUCCUGUCAAAUCUCCAAAGAGUAAAACUGAAGUAACUUCAGCUGCUUCUGAUGAAAAAGAAGCAAAUUCAGAAGUGGCACAGAUAAUCUCUGCAACAGGUGAAGCUUUGUCGGUUCCAGCUCCAGGAAUGCAGGAGGAGGAACAAGGCAAAAGUCACGUGCAUCCUGUAGGAAAACACAAGCCUCCAGACCAAGGUGGAGAAUGCAACUGUGAGGAUUCUGUUGCCAUAAAAGAGAGGCCACCUGAGGAAGUUGCAGCUCGUCUUGCAAAGCAAGAUAAAGAUGAACAAGAGAGGAUUUCAGCACUUGCAGCCAACUUGGAAAGUGCUCUGAGCAGCACUGCUCGUGUAACUCUGCAAGCAAUCACACUCCAGGAGGCUGCUGUGCAUGCUGUGAAUGCUCACGCUCAGAGACUAAAAGAGGCCAUGGAUCAUUCUGAGAUUUCAAGUGACAAAAAGGCAACUCAGUGGCGAACACUGGAGGAAGCUCUGAAGGAUCGCAGGAAAGCUGUGGAUGAAGCUGCAGAUGCCCUUUUAAAAGCCAAAGAAAAACUGGAAAAAAUGAAAGGAGUGAUUGAUAAUGCCAAGAAGUCUAUGAUUGCUGGGGCCAAACCACAUAUUCUGGCUGCAGAAGAGAACCUUCAUCAUAUGAUAGUUGACCUGGACAGUGUGGUUAAAAAGGUGCAAGCUGCCCAGUCAGAGGCUAAAAUAGUAGCUCAGUAUCAUGAGCUUGUAGCUACAGCAAGAGAGGCAUUUCAGAAAGAGCUGGACAGUGUUACUCCAGAAGUUCAUCCUGGAUGGAAGGGGCUAAAGAUAAGUGAUUUAGCUGGCCAGCUAACAACAGAUGACUUGAACUCCCUCAUUGCACAUGCUCACCGACGUAUUGAUCAACUUAAUAAGGAGCUGGCGGAUCAAAGAGUCCGAGAACAGGAACAUGUUGAGGCGGCUCUGGAAAAGCAGAAACUGGAAGACAAAACUGCUUUUGAGUUGGCAGUGGCAAAAGCACUAGAACGUCACAAGAGUGAAAUCCAGAUUGAGCAGGAGAAGAAGGUUGAAGAAGUCCAAGCAGUUAUGGAAAGUGAAAUGAGGACUCAGCUCCGCCGGCAGGCUGCUGCUCACACAGAUCACCUGAGAGAUGUCCUCAAGAUCCAGGAGCAAGAACUCAAACUGCAGUUUGACCAGGACUUGUCGGAAAAACUCAGUGAACAAGAAAUACAGUAUAAACGCCUUACUCAGGAGCAGUUGGACAACUUCACUCUGGACAUCAACACAGCCUAUGCUAGGCUGAGGGGAAUUGAGCAGGCAGUUGAGAGUCAUGCAGUUGCUGAGGAAGAAGCCAGGAAGGCUCAUCAGUUAUGGCUUUCAGUAGAAGCCCUAAAGCAAAGCAUGAAAACUGCUUCUGGAGGCAGUCCCACUGAGCCUCUGGAAGGGGCAGUAGAAGCCAUCCAAGCCAGCUGUUCUGACAAUGCCUUCACUCAGGCCUUAACAGCUGCACUCCCCCCAGCAUCGCUCAAACGGGGGGUGUACACAGAAGAGGCCCUGAGGGCACGCUUCCACACAGUCCAAAAACUAGCUAAGAGGGUGGCCUUGAUAGAUGAAACCAGAAACAGCUUGUAUCAGUAUUUUCUGUCUUACCUGCAGUCCUUUCUCUUGAUGCACCCUCAACAGCUAAAGCCACCUUCUGAGCUUCACCCUGAAGACCUGGACACAUUUAAACUGCUCUCUUAUGCAUCAUAUUGCAUUGAACAUGGAGACCUGGAGCUGGCAGCAAAAUUUGUCAAUCAGCUGAAAGGGGAAUCUAGGAGAGUGGCACAGGACUGGCUGAAUGAGGCUCGAAUGACCCUAGAGACAAAGCAAGUGGUGGAUAUCCUGACUGCCUAUGCCAGUGCGGUUGGCUUGGGAACAACUCAGGUGGACUGACAUAGGUCAGAUGGGCAAGACUGUGUCUUUGGAACCAGUCAAAUACAAAAUUGGUAGCGAUGCUGGGAAGAGAAUCGGAGGCUAGAUCUGAAAGUUUUCCAAACUAUACCAGGGUCUUGGUGUCGUUGGAGAAAAGGGGUUGUCUCCUUGUGUUCUUCUAAAUCUUACCACCUGUUGCAUUUGUAAUUUUUUUUCAGUCACUUAUCAUGUCUGGAAUGCUUUUUUGCAACUUGCAUAAAAUCUUAAGUUUCCAGGUAUUACUGACUGGGCUUGUGAUCCAACCAAAAUAAUGUUUAUAACCUCUAUUACUGAUUUGCCAUUUGGUUCAAUUAAAUAAAAGGUGAUGAUAAUAAAAACUGA